AUGGCAGUCCGUAUGUCUGAGCAGCGAUUUGCUCAAUACCGCGACUUACCCUCUUGUAGCAUUUGGUAUUGCAUCACCUAUAGUGACGUCACUCGUUGGAGGUGGUCCAGCGCUGGAACCACAGUCAGACGUGCUGCGAAGGCUCAGGGUCUUGGCUGGGUUCAAGAACUAGUGUCGCAUCUCACUCGCACUCCCAUCAAUAUCUGGAACAGCAGCACCAACGGCACUCUCGAUUCGAACAACAUCACAUUCCCUCUCAAUCAACCGAUAUAUAUGUUGACGCUACCCACGACACCGUCAUUUCCAGUAUACGAUCUCCGUCGUGCACAGAAGAUACCUACUCAGAAGCAUCUUUAG